AUGUCUUCAAGAAACCAAUUCAGAAAAAACAUUGGCUCCGUCGGACCUAUCGGUGAACCGUUCCUCAACGGUGUUCCCCAUUUCGGCGGUAACUUCACCAUUCCCUUUGCUCUUUGCGACAAGGAUGAAUACUUGCUUUGGCUUUUCCAUGUCAUCGGCCAGAUUAGGUCCCAAUACGGCCCCCAUAUUACCAAAUACAUCGUGGAAUACAUCCAUGGCAACGACGUUUUGGAGGAAUUGCCAAUAGACCUCGCAGAACAAAUCAUGAUCCGUAAUUUGGCCAAAACUUUGAUCAGAGUCAUCCUUGCCUAUGGCGUUUGUAUUAUCUACAACCAGCAGUACUGUGACCUCGCCCUCGGGCCCUUGGACUGUUUGAGAAAGUUUCACCAGAACUUCUGCAAGUACGAGCUUUCGGAUGUCGAGGAGUGGUUCAGCAAUUGGGCUGUGAUUAUGACGAAGUUGCGUGCUGAGGGCGAAAUCGAGGUUUAUGAAUUUUCCAAGCAAAUCAAUGGCUUCACCGAUGAGGAAUUGGAGCUUUUCGACAACAUGUCUACUGGCUUGUACGAUAAGAAGGGACUCAUUCGUCGUUACUUCCAGGGCCUUGAUUCUGACGUUCUUGAUCUUUAUCCAAGAGCUGCUGCGUUCCUUUUGAAGGACAGACAGCCAAUUCUUUUCGAAAAAGCCAUUGACUUGUCUUGGUUCCUCAGCAAGCCAUUGAGCGAGGCCGUGGGUCCAGAGGAGGACUUUUGA